CCGGAAACAGAAAAAUAAAAAAAGAAAGCUGAAAAAACAGAAGCGCUAACGAAGCAGGUCCGUCAAAACAUAAACAGUGCAGCACGACCACAGGCGUGAGCUUUAACAGCGGUGUAUUUUUUUUGGAUGGUCAGUAAGGGAUCCGAGGACACAUGUCUCUAAUGUGCAGUGCGUUUGUUUGCGCUUGAGCCAUAAAGGAAAAGCUGCGCAGAGAUUAACAAGUGCUGAGACUUGAGGCCUGUAGCAGAGGGUCUCUUCUGUGAGAAGAGGUGGUCAGAAUGAGUGAUACAGAUGGUAAAGCCAGUGUCCCAAAUGGUGGUACUGAUGAGACAGAACCUGGAGAAGCGGAUGCAUCUGCAGCGAGGGAGGCCCAGUCCGGUCCUGAGUCAGCAAAUCUGAGUUCAGCCCCAGAGGAAGGUGAGGGGGUUGAAGAGCGUCCAGUGCCCGAAUCCGAACAGAAGCAGGGACCGGGAGAAGAAGAGGACACGGACAGCAUGGAUGGCAGUGGACUUUACUCUCUGACAGAGGACGGUGAGCGAGAGAGUGAAGGAGGAGGGCAGAGAGAGAAAAGAAAAGAUGAAGGUAGAAGAUCUGCCAGAAAGAGAAACCGGCCCAGCGGGGGAACCACACGGCACUCAUCUAGUUCCGAUGAGGAUGAUGAUGAUGACGAGGAAGAAGAAGAAGAGGAGGAGGACGUCGAGGAAGAAGAUGAGCAAGCCAUGGAGGCGUGGCUGGGAGCGGACCUAUGCGACCUGAGUCGCCCUUCAUGGUGUGCCGUCCCCUCGCUGCGCGCUCGAGAGAUCGGACGCAAUUCUCAGCAGUUUGUGAGGAAGGUGUGUGGGGCACGGGGUCUGGUGCAGAGGCUGGAACUGCAGGGCCGUCUGGAAAGACACUCGGGAUGCGUGAACACCCUCCAUUUUAACCCCUCUGGCACCCGCCUGGCCUCUGGCAGCGACGACCUUCGCGUGGUAAUUUGGGAUUGGGCUCGCAGAACGGCUGAGCUGGAGUUUGACAGCGGCCAUAAGAGCAACGUUUUUCAGGCAAAGUUUCUCCCACACAGCGGUGACUCCACGCUGGCCAUGUGUGCCAGAGACGGACAGAUCAGAGUCGCUGAGCUUUCUGCCACACAGCGCUGCAAAAACACCAAAAGAGUCGCCCAGCACAAAGGUGCCGCCCAUAAGCUGGCACUGGACCCAGACUCCCCCUGCUCUUUCCUCUCCGCUGGCGAAGACGCUGUGGUGUUCGGCAUUGACCUGCGUUUGGACAGACCUGCCAACAAACUGGUCGUGGUGAAGGACGGUGAAAAGAAAGUGGGGCUGUACACCAUUUACGUGAAUCCAGCUAACACGCAUCAAUUUGCGGUCGGCGGCAGAGACCAGUAUGUCAGGAUCUAUGACCAGAGAAAGAUCAAUGAAAGUGAUAAUAACGGGGUCCUGAAGAAAUUUUGUCCCUCCCCCUUGGUGUCCAGCGAAUCCAAAACAAAUAUCACAUGUUUAGUGUACAGCCAUGAUGGCACAGAGCUGCUGGCAAGUUACAACGAUGAGGACAUUUACCUUUUUGACUCCAGCCACAGUGAUGGGGCCGACUAUCGCAGAAGAUACAAGGGUCACCGCAAUAACGCCACAGUGAAGGGAGUUAACUUCUACGGACCCUGUAGUGAGUUUGUUGUCAGUGGCAGUGACUGUGGACACAUCUACCUAUGGGACAAGAACUCUGCCCGUGUGGUGCAGUUUAUGGAGGGAGACAGGGGAGGAGUGGUAAACUGUCUGGAGCCACAUCCACAUCUCCCAGGUUUGGCCACAAGUGGUCUAGAUCAUGAUGUGAAACUUUGGGCACCCACCGCUGAGAAUCCCACCACACUGAAGGGACUUAAAGAGGCAAUGAAGAAGAACAAACGAGAGCGUGAUGAAGACAGCGUUCGUCACGGCGACCAGUAUGACACACAGCUACUCUGGUUCCUGAUGAGACACAUGAGAAAUCGAAGACCUCAGCGAACCCGACGAGGAGAAGGAGGAGAAGGCGACACAGACGAAUCUUGGAGCUCGCCAGAUUCCUCCGAUGAAGAAGAUGGAGGUCCAGAUCAUGUGCAGUGCAUGUCCUCCUGAGCCACACACACACACACACACACACACACACAUACACAAACAAACAUGCUUUCUGCCAUAUAUUUAAGCACAUACAUGGUAACACACUGGUACACAUUAGACACUGAAAGGCCAGCAGCAAACACACACACGGCUUUACACACACAUACACGCAACCUGAGGGAGAGGUAAACACGUGCUGUCAAAAUCUGGCUUUGCACACACAAAUAACAUCACUGAGGGAAGAAACAAUACUAAGAUUCAUAUUUUUGAUAUGCACCCACACACAACCACUCAGAUUUUGAACGUUCACUCCCACUUUUAACAAAGUACAAAAUAACGAAUCUGUCAAUCUUGUGGGCAGCGUUUUGCUGCAGCAGUUGAGGCAGACGUGAUAAACUAUUUUUUUUCCUCAUCUCUGCUAUAAUAGAAAGUUUUUCUUUCACUUUGAUACGUGGUUAGAGUUUACCUCCUACAGAUUACUGAGCGGUUGAUGCGUGUUCAACCAACCAGCACCAUCCUUUACUGGGCUCAUCUGUUUCUGGAGUUGUUAUUUUUGGACUGCAAUUUAAUUGUCUUUGCAUUGCAUUGAUAGACCGUCAUCGGUCGCCCACCACCGUCUGGUCUUUGUUCUCUUCUCCUGUGCGUGUGCAUUUGCCGAAGCCGGACACCGUCAAUCUUCUCGAGGUCAAUCAUGCUCUUAGCUCUGACUGAAGACACGGAAGAUGAGCCAGACCGGCUUCGUCUGGUUUCAGAGCUCAGUUCCUCUCUCUCUCCCAUGCUACUGAGUGCACUUUAAUCAGGGAUCUGCUUUGUGUUUUGAAUCUCUAAGACGAGCGUGCGCUUAGGGGGCAUGCAGUACUUAAUGGAUAAAACGUGUUUAUUUUGCAGAUUAUUGUUUUUUGUUCCCCAAACUAGUUACGGACUUCAAAGCGAAUACAAAGAUUUGACACCAGCUUUUUUGGUUUUGGAUUUGCACUUGGGUGGAGAUACUUGACAGAG